UGCCAAAAUAAACAGCAACGUCAAACUCUAGUUGAGUAACAGCUGAAAAGGAAAAAGACCAACUGUCAACUUUUAAUAACUGUCUAGAAGGGUUAAUAUUUUUUCAUCAAGAGCUUUUUUAUUCUGUAACACUAGUGGUCUGCGUGAAGCACAAAAUGUCUACGAAUCGAAUGAACGCACCUCUGAAGCUCCAGUUUGGACUCAUCAAUUAUGAAAAUCGUUACCUCACUGCAGAGGCUUUUGGGUUCACUAUAAAUGCAUCUGGAACAGGCAUGAAGAAGAAACAGAUCUGGACCUUAGAGCAAAACCAGGAGAACCAGGUGGUUUUCUUGCGCAGUCACCUCGGACGUUACCUGGCCACAGAUAAAGAUGGCAAGGUAAGCUGUGAGACAGAAGUGCCGGACGCAGCGUGCCGUUUCUUGAUUGUGCCCCAGUCGGAUGGACGUUGGGCUUUGCAGUCGGAGCCACAACAACGUUAUUUCGGAGGCUCCGCAGAAUACUUGUCCUGUUUUGCUCAGACCAUUGGGGAGGCUGAGCAGUGGACCGUCCAUCUCGCUCUUCACCCGCAGGCCAGCAUGCUAAGUGUACCCCGCAAACGCUACGCUCAUCUGUCCACCGUCGCUAACGAGGUCUGCAUGGAAAGAAACAUCCCCUGGGGUGUGGACUCUCUCAUCACCCUGGUCUACCUGGAUGGAAAGUAUAGCAUGAAGACCUGCGACAGCCGCUUUCUCCGCAAUGACGGUAAGCUGGUGAUAGAGAACGAACCCGACACUAAUUUCACCUUGGAGCUCAAGUCUGGCAAGCUUGCGUUUAAGGACAGGGAGGGCAAGUAUCUAACACCGAUGGGGCCCACAGGAACCCUGAGAUCUGGCCGAUGUUCAACGCCAUGGAAAGAUGAGCUGUUUGAUCUGGAAGAGAGUCACCCGCAAGUCGUUUUCCAGGCAGCAAACAAAAGAUACGUGUCCAUUCGGCAAGGUGUCAAUGUGUCGGCCAAUCAGGAUGAUGAGACAGACAUGGAGAUUUUUCAGAUGGAGAUUGACAAAAACACUAAGAAGUGCACGUUCAGAACCAACGGUGGAAAUUACUGGACACUCGUAGCACACUGUGGCAUUAUGGCCACAGCCACAGAAACGGAGGAAAACACCAUGUUUGACAUUGAAUGGCUGGGCAGGCGCAUUGCUUUUAGGGCAAGCAAUGGAAAAUAUGUUUCCACUAAGAAAAAUGGACACCUUGCUGCUAUUAGUGAUUCUGUGGGGGAGGAUGAGCAGUUUGUGCUAAAGUUGAUUAAUCGACCUAUCCUGGUCCUGCGUGGAGAGAAUGGCUUUGUGUGUCACCACAGGACCUCCAAUGCACUGGACGCCAACCGCUCUGUCUAUGACAUCUUCUCAUUGCUGUUCAAUGAUGGUGCAUACCAAAUAAAAAGUGGAAAUGGAAAGUUUUGGUAUGUCUCCAGUAGUGGUUUGGUUUGCACAGAUGGGGACAAGCCUGAGGAUUUCUUAUUUGAAUUUCUGGUGCAUGGACGUGUCGGCAUCAAGGCUCAAAAUGGCAAGUACCUGCGUGGAGACCAGGGAGGCACACUGAUCGCUAAUGGAGUCAAUGUGGAUAACUUUUCCCUGUGGGAACACUGAGGCUCAUAGUAUCACAGGCACACAGAUACAGAAAACAACAGAGUUUACAUGCUGUCCCCUACUGACAAUAUCGUUUGUUUGUUAAAAUAAAUGGUUGUAUGUUCCUCACACUUUAUACAUUUAUCUCAACAAUUGAUUCACUAGUAAAUACAAACUUACCAUUAUGUACUUCUUAAAAUAACAGUUGCCUCUGUUUGGUUACUAAGGGUUGUAAUACUGAAAUUAUUAUUAUUAUCAUUAUUGUAAAUAGUUAAACAGUGUAUUCACUUAAUAUAUGUAUAUUACAAUGGUGUAAUAUUUAGCCAAGAUAUAAUAAUUAAUAAAAAAAAACUAUUGACAGCAACCCACAAAAUAAAAUGCUGUGUCAUAAGGGAAAUACAAUAAACAAAAACACUAAUGAGAAAUGAAAAAAAUAUUUUACUAAACAUUUUGUAUCUACAAAGAAUUACAGUGGUUACUUAAACACAUUCCUACAGAUGAGAUGACAUCUUCUGUAAUCCUCAUAAAACAAAUCUUAAAUUUUGAUAUUUAUUUAUUUGUUAUUUUAAUCCAUAAACUCACAAAUGUGCAAUCAGUUUGCAAAUAUUCAGCUGUGACUGAGUAAAAGUAUGCAAAUCUGUGAUAAAUCUCUGGAGGUGGUUUCACAGACAAGGCUUAGCUAAAGCCAGGACUAGGCCUUAGUUAAAUUAAGAUGUUUAAGCAUCUGUUUUAAACAUGCCUUAGAAAAAGUACUGGUGUGUAUUUUUAGACAAAUCAAUGGCACUGGCUUAUUUUAAGAUCUGUCAGUCUAAGUUAUUUUCAGUUA